AUCAGCUGCCGCAGCAAUGAAAUUUUUUUGUCAAUUUUAUCUCCCCCACCACUUUUACAACCAUCGCAUCUUCCACACCACUAUAUUACUAUACCAUACAUAGUACAUGGCGAAUGUUAUACAUUUACACAUCAGUCGACAGUCGACACUCGACAGUCACUAGUCCCCGCACGAUACGCAGUCGCUCGAACGUCUGCCUUCAGCUUUCUGUUGCCGUUCUUUCUUCCGUCGUGUCCCUUUUAUUCGUGUAUAUAUUAGAUGUUAAUAUUAAAAUAAUAAUAUAUUGUGUGUACAUACCGCGGACGGACGUGUACUGGAAUCUUACGUUUUUACUGUUGCAAUUUAUUGAUUUCGGCGAAAAAGUAACCUGAUGACACAUUGCGUUUAGUUUUCCUCAAAUUCUUCUACCCAAAAACCGCCGUCGACGAUUCACCGUUGCUCGUCCCAGUUCGGUUGAUCAAAUUAAGCUAGUGUAUCAGUUUAGGAAAUGGGAUGUAAUGUACAAAAAAUAGUCACGUGGUAUCAAAAAAAAAUUGGAACUUAUGAUAAACAACAGUGGGAAAAAACGAUUGAGCAACGAAUUCUGAGUGGAUUUACGCAUGUUCCAAAGAAAAAUGCUAAAUUGAAGACUGAUCUUAUUGAUGUAGACUUAGUUAGAGGAUCGGCGUUUACCAAGACGAAACCGAAACACGGAUUUUUUACUGUAGCCCGUCUGGCGAUCGUCCGGCUAUUAUUUUUACCAUGCUAUUAUCGAUGGUACAUACACCAGACGUCAUGGCGAUUGUUUCUGUCGCUUUUAUGCCUUUACGUCUUGGAACUGGCAAACAUUUUGUUGUUCAGUUACAUCACGUUUGUUUCCACCGAAGAGGACACACCGCCGACUGUAACACUUGGUGAAGUACUGAGUCCAUUUAUAAUGAUGCUUGUUUUGAGCAUUGUUCAUUCGCAAAUUGUUUCUACCACUACAAUUUCAAAAAAGAACUUCCUGAAAACCCCUAGAUCUCAUAGCACAAGACAUGCUAAAAGGGGGCAUUCUACCUCAAGUAAAAUUAAAAAUUCGACUGAAAUGAAUGUAGAAAGUAUUCAAUCUUUAGUUGGUACUGAUACUAAAUAUGUGAAGAGAAGAAAUAGAAUUGGAGAAGCUUCUAAACCUCAUACUGUUGUAUGGGAUACAUCACCUGUAAAAACACGUCAUUGGGUUCUAGAAUCUCUACCUGAUGUAAAUGCGUCGUUAGUUCCCGAAGAUUUUGGUUCCGAUUUACGUUUAGUCAAUCUUGAUGAGAAAAAGCAAUUAGGAGGAGUAGAUCGUAUGGACGUGAGACCUAAUACGUCUAGCUCAACACAUGAUGAUGAUGGGUUUGAAAGUUUAAAUGGCAACGGCUCCAGUGAUAAUCCCGAAGAAGAUAUUUUAACUGGUUCCACUAUUACAUCCCAAACGUCUGAGUCCACUAGUGCUGAACAAUCAAGUAGUACACCCAAACAUGAUCAAUUAGUGGAAAAAGUUGAAUGUGAUGUUACAUUGGUAGCAAAAAAGGUUACUGAUGACCUAGCUAGUAAAAAUGUUUCUACUCAAAAGAGGUGUUUAAGAUUCAAAAAAACUCCAUUAACCUCUAAAGCUUCCAUUGCUGAUUUAGACCGUAGACUUUCUGCUUUCCAGACAUCUGCAUGUUUUCAGUAUGCGGUUAAUUCUGAAUCUGAAGAUAGUGAACAAGAAACUGAAAAUGAUGGUUCGACAUGUCCAAAACGUUUGCUUGUACGACGUAACCAUCGUUUGCAAGUCCUUCAAAAGACAAAUUCUGAUGACGAUGAAGACGAUAAUGUAGAUAGUUCUUCUAGUCGACAAACGGAUGAAGAAGGGGAUGUAUUAUCAUCUAACGGGGGUAGUGCUUGUCCACUAUCAAUGUUGACUGAAGGAACAACUAGCGCUGGUGAAUGGAUUGGUCUUACUACAAAUACUGAAGAAGGUUCUUCUACUUCGGAUAUGGAUGCUGAACAGACUAAUUUAUUAAGUGAUAAUCAAGAUCAUCCAUUUUUAUGGGAAUUUGAAACUACACCAACUGUGAUAUUAAGUCCAAGUUGUGCGGCAUCAGAUCGAGUGAGUUGUACAAUGUGGGAAAAAAAAGAAGUAAAAAAAGCUGAUUUAUCUGUAUUAGAUAUAAGUUCUGCAAUCAUUGCUAGAGUUGAAGAGAUUCCUGAACAAAUGGAUUACUUCUACUUAGGUGUUUUUUUGUCUGUGAUAAUUUCCCUCAUGCCAUCAGCGUAUAGAUUACUUAACAGCUUAACAGAGGACAAACCUUUACCAACCUUAGCUAUCACUGUGACUGAACCUCCAGAGUAUGUGUACAAGCAGUAUUUGUCUGCAUUUUUUACCAUUGUUAAUGCUGCUUUUGCACCUAUUGGCUGGGAACGAUAUAUUGUGAUUACAACUUUGAUAGAACGAUUUUGUUUAUCACUAAUGUUCUUCUUCCUAUUAACUGUAGCAGAGCGCACAUAUAAACAGAGAUUUUUGUAUGCAAAGUUUUUUUCACACCUCACAUCAUUUAGAAGAGCUAGGAAAUCUAAAUUGCCUCAUUUUAGACUUAAUAAAGUACGGAAUAUCAAAACUUGGCUUUCCAUACGCUCUUAUUUAAAAAAACGUGGACCUCAAAGAUCAGUAGAUGUGAUUGUGUCAUCUUCGUUCUAUAUAUCAUCAUUGUUUUUAGCAAUCUUAAGUGUAGAAUUACUUAAGGAUACAUUUUCUUUGAGUUCAGAAUUUCACCUGGAGUCUUCUGCUUGGUGUAUGGUGCUAGGAAUUUACCUUUUGCGAUUUUUGACUUUGGGAACAAAAAUUAAUAGGAAAUAUAGGAAUUUAUCAACACUUAUUACAGAACAGAUUAAUUUAUAUAUGCAAAUAGAACAAAAACCCAAUAAAAAAGAUGACUUGAUGGUUGCAAACAGUGUUUUAAAAUUAGCUGCAGAUUUACUAAAGGAAUUGGAAAGUCCGUUCAAAAUUGCAGGUCUAUCUGACAACCCGUACCUGUUUACGCUGAUAAAAGUAGUGAUCCUGUCUGCUCUGUCUGGUGUACUUUCUGAGUUACUUGGGUUUAAGUUGAAGUUGCACAAAAUCAAAAUCAAAUAGAGAAGUUGAUGUAUUGGUUAGGUGAACAAAUUACAUGCUAACUAAUGUUGAGAUCACAAUGGUUGAGAUCGCACUCAUAUUAUCAUAGAUAGUCAUCAGAAUUUUCAUGUAAAAUCAUGUACACGUUUGGAUAGUGGGUAUGAGAACGCAAGAGCUCGUUCCUUUCAUUGUUGUUUGUUGUAUACAUAAUACAUCAGUAGACAUUAUUGUCCUACACGCCAUGGCAAGGAUUUGCCAUUUACGAAGUCAUCAUUCUGCAGUAUGCCAUAAUACCUAUUUUAAAAAAUUAUGAUAAACUUUUCGAGACUUCUUAUUUUAUAUAUAUGAUAGCAAUACCUACCUUACAAAAUAUAAUAAACAAUAAAUGUCGUGUUCAUAGAUGUAACUUUAGUUAUAACAGGCGUUCAGCUAUAUUUUUAAUAAUAUUGUAAAACACGAAUCCCGUUGUAAAUAGUGAUACCUAGUGUUUAUAUAUAAGUAUGGUACCAUUAUAAUGAUAUGUAAGCAUAAUUUAUUGUUUAACAUGAUGCUGUAAACUGAUGCAGUGUCAAGUGGUAUUGCUGAUGACAAUUUUUAGUGAUUUUUAUAAAAUUGUUUUUAAGUGCGAGAUGAGGUUUAUUUAGCUAAUUAUUUUUAUUGGUAUAUAAAUAUAUCUGUCAGCCAGGCUGCAACCGUUAUAUAUAUUAUGUUAGUUGUAAAAUUUUGAACAACAGUAGCGGUGAUAUUACUUCUAUCCUUCUGUAGUUGGUCACAAAAUUGUUUUUUCUUCACCAGAAUUAAUGACCUUAUUACAGUAACAUGGAAUUAACAUGAUCAGUGGAUAAAUCCUCAAACCAAUAAUUUACACUGUUCAGUGUUGUAUCUCACUAUGGCUGAAGUGUUCAUAGUUCAUACACAUAAAGUGUAAUUUUAAUGUUUGUCUCUUUUGAUAAUUAUUUAGGAGUAAACUUUAUUUUCUAUAAAUUAUCACUGUGAUCUUUUUGUUAUUAUUUAAUAAUUUAAUUUGAAUGUUGUUUAUUUAGUGAUAAAUAAACUGUCUACACAAAAUAUAUGUACGUAACAAACUUGUA